GGCGCCCGUGAAGGGGUCUUUUGACUCCGGCCCUCGAGACUCCUCCCCAAAGGUCCUACGGGGAGUGCCUGCGUCGAGUGCCAUCCCCGAAAGAGCGUCCUAGUCUGCGGACUGAUCUCCUAGGAACCUGACUUAAGAAGGUGUCUGUGAAUUCGCUUCUUCGAGAGGAAAGCAUCGAGAGGAAAGUUGGAUUUGGGCGCAAAACAAAAUGAAGACGCAGAAGCUCCUCCAAGGCCCCCCCCUCUUCCUCCUCCUCCUCCUCGGCCUCUCCUGCAUCCGCGCCGUCCCCAGGAGGCAGCGAGACUCCGUGGAGGAGAAGAAGGUUAACGCCAUCAACGCCCUGGUCGAGCUGCUGACGGAGGACAAGGGGAAGGCUGCGACAGGAGACGAAACGAACAAGGCCGCGGGCGAGGAGGGAGACAUGGCUGCCACGAUGAAGGACUUGGCGGCCGCCAUCAAAAACAAUACGAAGGCGCUGCUAACGAAUAUGGAGGAGAAGGAAGAGGCGAAAUGCGACCCCCCCUACUUCGCCGCCGGCAGCGAGUGCUUCUACGUCAACAACCACAAGCGUCUGACGUGGGUGGAGGCGCAGAACUUCUGUCGGGGCCUCGGGGGCGACUUGGCCGAGCCCGACAGAGUGAACAUGCUGAGGGCGGUUCUGCUGCAGAAGUAUCCCGAGGACGAGAACCAGUUCUUCUGGGUCGGGCAUCCAUGAACGGCACCGGGAAGACGUGGAAGUGGGUCUCAGGCCGCAACGUGACCGA